AUGGUUCUCAAGAAGUUAAUCUCCUCCAUCUAUAAUUUGAUCAUUCCAAGAGGGGUGCCAAGAAGUAAAGCAGCACCAUCCUAUGAAGUGAUCGCAUCUGGUGUUCGAGAGAAGGCCGAGGAUGGUGCUUCGAGUUCAAGCUCUCUGGCCGGAGCAAGCUUAGCUGAAGAUAGUGAAUGUGAGUUGUGUUGCGUAUGUUUAUCGGGAUUGAAGGAAGGAGAGGACUGUCGUGUUCUUCCCUGCUUGCAUGAGUUUCACAGGGCAUGUAUCAAUAGAUGGUUCAACGCGUGCUCAAAGACUUGUCCCAUAUGCCGGUUUUCGAUGAAAGAAGAUGAGAAUUUUCACUUUAGGGAGGAGUUUACUGAGGAGAUGGUGAUCUGGUUUUCUUCCUUCCAUGUUGCUGGCUUUUAA